AUGGCGCAGAAUUCCCUCAUUGAUGAUUUUAUGGGCGAUGAUGGAAUGAAUAAUGCGUCUGGUUUGAGCGGCGAUGAUUUUAAUCUACAUAACGCAUUUGGAAACGACCGUUUUCAAGGCAAAAAUUCAUUUAAUAGCCGUGGAAUGAACCAGCCAAAGUUCAACCAUGGAACUGGAUUCGAUGCACUCCCAAUGGAAGACUUUGAUCCACUGCCAAAUAAUUUUCCAAAUCAAAACAACAGAAACAACUUUUCUAACGAAAGUCUAGGUGAUAUAUUUGGCAAUUCUCAAGAGAAUGGCUUUAACAGACUUAACCCAAACUUACCUUCUUCUAAUAAAAAACAAUCAUUCGGACUUAAAAACGGAUUUGACGCUAUACCUAUGGGAGAUUCAGGCUUUGGUGAUCCAAGACAAGGAUCAUUACUCGGAAACGAUUUUGGAAGCAAACUUUCGAAAACAGACAAUUUUGGUGCUACACCGCGUGAUAAACCUACUAUGAAAACAAGCGUUAGUGUUGGCUUUAAUCAACCGAAAUCAAAUCUUGAUAUUUUACCUCGUGAUAUUUCCAAAAAUUCAAUUAAUGCAGACACUAAAUCACAAGGCGGCUCAAAGCGUUUACUUUCAGGUGGAUUACUUAAUCUUAAGAAUUCCCAAUCUACAAAUUUCAGUCAAAGCAUGGAUGCAAUUCCAGAAGAGAACGAUAUGUUUCCUCCAUUAGGGAACUCCCAAGAAAACGACAUUAUAGCUGAUAUGAAUGCGUUUGGUGAUGAUUCGCCAUUUGCACAAGAUUUACCAGAAUCAGAUGAGAUGAAACAUCAAGUUUCCUUCCAGAAUUCCGAUAUAGCACCAUCUACGAACUCAAACAAGGACAUUGCUAUGAUUCCUCCACGCAAAAUGAGCCGUGUUUCAAGUUUAGAUUCAAAUCCACCACAAAACUCAUCACCUCCAAGGAUCACACCCAACAAACCAGCAAAUCCAUCACCACAAGAGAAAGUUACACCAGCUCCUGUGAAGAUAUCUCCCCAACAAAAUCAAAAUCAAUUUAUCUCUCAACCUCUUCCUCAAUCAACAACAUACCAACCACCACAAGCAACUAUUCAACAACAACCCGUUAAUAUACAGCCACAGUUCCAAGCAAAUCCUCAAAUUCAAUACCAAUCUCCUCCAAUGAGUCAAAACAUUCCACAACAGCAGCCAAUGGUCAUUCCGCAGCAACAAGGAAUGAUUCGUGAUCAGUUUCCAAUCGAAACAGGCAUCAGGGCUUCAUUUGACCGUUCAAUUUCCACAUUAAAGCUUUAUUUCAUCAAUGACUUCAAGAACUUAUGCAGAUCAACCUUGUCCAUUGAUCCUUCACUUCCGGACAUCGAUAAUUUCACAGACCAACUAAAUACAGAUAUUUCAUCUUUAAUUGAAGUCCCCGUUACUCCAUUAGACAUCAAUUCGCAAAGUAUCUCACGCCAAAUUGCGAAUUCCAUUGACGAACACACUAAACCAGUCAGUAGCGAACUUGCAGACAUUGAUGCACGAAAUUCACUUACAGGAGAACGUCAUGUCUCCGAAUUAAGACAACUACAAGAUGAUAUAGAUACCCUGAAGCAAGUUUUCAAGACGCAAAGUGACAAUGUCCUGCAAGAACUUGAAAAAGAAAGGAGAUAUUCAGCACAAAGAAGAGACAGUGAUUUGACGAUCAGAAGAAACAUUGAACAUCGAUUACGAACACUCAGUUUGAAGCAGACAGAGUUAGAGACAAAAAGCCGUGCAUUGACAUCAGAAAAAGAAUCAGUUGAACGCGGAAUCAAAAAUUUGGAAAAUCAAAAGAAAGAAUGGUCAGAAACAGUUCUUCCAAACAUUUCAGACGAAUCUGGUUCAUUACGUAAACAGAUUCUUGAAGAACUCCAUUCAAUAAAAGUUGAGAUUCGAGAUGGCCCAUCAGAAGAAGACUCAAAUUCAGUUGAAGAAUGUUUCAACAUCUUGAGGAAUGAAACAGAAAACAUCCGAACUGAUCUAUACGACAUUGAUAUGGCACUUCGAUGGGUUGAAGAAAGAAAACGAGAUCCUAUAUCUAGAAGAUCUCCAAAGAAGAUCAAACGAUCUACAAUUCUUGAUCAGACACAAGAGAAACUCAGCCGUAUCCGCAAACUGAGAGAUGAAUCAACAAAAGAACUCUAUUAA